AUGCGGAAGUCGCACUCCAAUAUUAUGCGCGAAGAAGCGGUUGGUAGAUACCGUCGAGACUUGCCGGAGUACGCUUACGAGCUGUCCUUUAGGGACCUCGUCGAGUUGCCUGCGAUCGUGAGCUCGAUGCAGAAGGCUCGCGAGAAGGGAAGGGAUUCGUUUGGCGGGUUUUGGAUUGGAGAGGAAAAGACGAAGACGAGGAAAAGCGCAGAGUUCGGAGGUUUCUUUCGAAGGGUGUUCUUUCCUUUACCUGCAAGUGGGAGGAAGAAGGGAUCGAGUCGAACAAUCGGAUCUUGUUCGACGAUAUCUUCGACGUCUUUGUCGAUCGACGGGGACGGAUACGAGCUACAAGAGCGCAGAAGCAGCAGAACAAGCAGUAGGGACAACAGCAAGAAGCUCUUCCCCCUCCUCUGGUCCCUCCUCCUCGACCUCCGCGCAUCGCCCUCCCCGCCGACCUUCGCCCCCGAGCUCUUCUGGCUCCUCUUCCGCGCCUACGCCCGCGCCCGCCGCCCCGACGACGCCCUCCGCGCCUUCCGCCGCAUGCCCGACUUCGUCGGCCUCCCCCACUCCCUCCCCGACCUCCACCGCCUCCUCUCCGCCCUCUCCAACCACUCCCUCGUCGCCCACGCCCUCCCCUUCUUCCGCUCCCUCCGUUCCCGCUUCCCCGUCACCCCGCAAACCUACACCAUCCUCAUCUCCGGCUGGGCCCGCCUCCGCGACCCCGCCAACGCCCGCGCCCUGUUCGACGAAAUGCUCCAGCGGGGCCUCGCCCCCGACGCGCCCUCCUACAGCGCGUUGAUCGCCGCGCUGUGCGCGGCCGGGGAGCUCGGCGCCGCGCGCGACCGGCUGCGCGAGAUGCAGCGGCGGCACGGGCUCGCGCCCGACGCCGCCACCUACUCCGCGUUCGUCCGCGCCGCGUGCGCCGCGAAGGACGCCCGGUCGGCGCUCCGGGCCCUCGACGGCAUGAGGAGGCGCGGGCUCGCGCCGAACGUCUUCACCUACAACGCCGUCGUCAAGCUGCUCUGCGAGAGCGGCGAGCUCGGCGACGCCUACGAGCUGCUCGACGAAAUGCUCGCGAGAGGGGCGAAGCCCGACACUUGGGGGUACAACGCCAUCCUGGCCGCGCACUGCCGGCUGCGCGAGGCGAACAAGGCGCUGAGGCUGAUCGCGAGGAUGGACAGGGACUCGUGCUCCCCCGAUCGGCACACCUACAACAUGCUGCUGAAGAUGUUGAUCGGUGUCGGGCGGAUCGACCGGGCGGCGGAGGUUUGGGAUGGGAUGGAAAAGAGGGGCUUCCAUCCGGCGGCUGCGUCGUAUGCGGUGAUGAUUCACGGGUUGUGUAGAACGAAGGGGAGGGUCGAGGAUGCUUGCGCGUACUUUGAGCGGAUGGUGGAUGAGGGGAUACCGCCUUAUCUCAGCACUUGCGAGUUGGUCAGGGAGAAGCUGUUAAAGCUCGGGUUAAGGGAGAGGGUCGGGGCGCUCGCGGGCAAGAUGAGGAGAAGCACUUCUUGCACCAUACAAGAGUUAGCGGCCGCAAUGCAAGGGAGCAAAAGGACGGAGUGCAACAGCGAAAAGGAGAGUAGAAUUGCCACAGAAAAGUGGAGCAGAACACACACAGAUCAUAAACAGAUUGCUGAUAUUCUGAGAUGUUGAUACGUCGCGCACUGAUCGGCUUGUUCAUGAUAGAUCAGUUCGUAAGCGGAUACAAGAGUAUGUAUAACAAGUACCAAAAGCAUUUUUCUUAUUCAUUAUGCAUAUAAUUAAACAGA